CAAUUUCAAUAGCAACCUUCCACAUUUCCUAAACGAUUGUCAAUAAUACAGUGUAAAGUAUCGGUUGAACUCACUUGGCCUUUCUCAUCCAGAUAUAGAACGCAUUUUUAAAAGGAACGUUCAAAGACCGCUUUUCCGGAACAUAGUUGUUCUCAACUACCACAUCACCCAUUCUCGUAUGGAAAGUCGAAUAAAUCGGCCAAGACGAGACGUGACCGAACCGAACGAUGAAACCGGGUCAACUUUCAGGGGAUAAUAAAAUCGAAACGAUUCUUGACUUCGAACGCGACAGCCAGGAUGUUGAACUAGGGGUAUGUGGCGAUAUUGCAGACAUCAGUCAGGCAUCUGUUUGCAGAGUUUGCUCUGAAGUGAGUGAGAAGUUGGCUCAGCAUUUUCCAAAAUUUGUAACAUUUCCUGAUGAUGCAAUUGGCUUGAACACCUUAAAGAGCCAAUUUUAUGAAGUUGCAAGUUUUCCUGAAGUGAUUGGGUGUAUAGAUGGUACACACAUUGAGAUAAAAAGUCCAGGUGGAUCAAAUGCUGAACUGUACAGGAAUCGGAAAGGAUGGAUGGCUUUGAACGUGCAAGCUGUAUCUGGACCAAACCUAAAGUUUACGGAUGUUGUUAUUCGUUGGCCUGGCUCUGCUCACGAUAGCAGAAUGUUUAACAGCAGUUCUUUGUGUAUGCGGUUAGAAAAUGGCAGAUUAUCAGGGCUUUUAUUGGGAGAUAGUGCUUAUGCCCAAAAUAGGUACAUGUAUACUCCAAUAAACAACCCAGUAACAGGAGCAGAGCAGCGAUAUAACAACGCAUACAUUUUAACCAGGAAUGUUGUUUUCGGUGUAUGGAAAUCUCGUUUCAGAUGUUUAGCAAAAUGUUUGCAAACGUCAUUACGACACACAACAAGAAUUAUUGCUGCUACAGCGGUGCUUCAUAAUAUUGCCAUUGACACCAACCAGAAGAUCGAUGAAAAUAUAAGUAUGGAAAAAACUGAAAGAUUUCCUUACCCUGAAGCGCCAGGCAUGAGAGGUAGAGUAAUCAGAGCCGCUUUCAUACUGCGACAUUUCACCAGGCCAACCGAUUAGUAUUACUAAAUUUUGUAUUACAGUAAAACACCAAAUUAUUCUAAAUUUGUUUAUUAUAUUUAUGAUUUAUU